UACAUAUCCAUUCCCUUGAAGAGGUAGAGGCGGCUAGGGUUUGAAUUCCCUUCUUAUAGAAGAAGAAGAAAAGGAGAACAAAAGACUUUGAUCAUUACCUUUUAUCAAUCUGUUCGAUUUACCCAUCUCAAAAACCAUCACUUGAUCGUUACUCUUUCUACCAAUGAGCUACACGACCAAUCCUUCGCCGCCUCCGUUUAUGCCGCCAUAUCCCGGCGCCGGCGGCGGAGACAUUUGUGGGUUUUGGCCUCAAUCCCCUAUGAACACCGAAAACCCAGAUUCAUCAUUCGUGGACACUCAUCCUUACAAGAGACAAAGGAGUUGCGGUAACAACUACAACAUGCAAGAUCAAAAUAACCGACCCAUGCAGCCUUUGAUUCAGACGAACAUGGGCGCUGGAGCAUGUCAUAUCUUUUACAAGACCCGUCUGUGUCAAAAAUUCUUCGAAGGUAACUGUCGUAAUAGCGAUCGUUGUACAUUUGCUCAUGGACAUGCUGAUUUGAGAAAUCCGCCGCCGAAUUGGCAAGAAAUCGUUGGAUCAAAAGAUAAGGAUAAUAAAGUUGCUGCAGGGAAUUGGGACGAUGAUCAGAGAAUAAUCCAAAAGAUGAAAAUUUGCAGAAAGUUCUACAAUGGUGAGGAAUGUCCUUAUGGUAAUAAGUGCAAUUUUCUUCACGAGUGUCCAUCGAAGUUUAAGUCUGAUGUUAUAGUUACCAUUAAUCGUGAGAUUGAAGAUAACUCCGCAGCUUUAAUGCCUAUCCCUGCAGAUUUGAACAACUCAGACCAAACCGAUACUUUCAAUAAUAAUAAUAAUAAUUUCCAUGUUAAGUCCACUUACUGGAAAACUAGGCUUUGUAGCAAAUGGGAAACGACUGGUUUCUGCCCCUUUGGAGAUAGAUGUCACUUUGCUCAUGGAUUCUUAGAGAUUCAGCAACCGGGUAAUGUUGGAGGUGAUGCAAUUGGAAGAGGAAUGAUUAACAAUGUUUCUGUUGAUGAUGUACAAGUACAACCGCAUGUUCUUCUUCCUUCUAAUUCCAUUAUUAGCACGACUCCAUUGAUGACAGCAGAUGUUAGAAGGUCCAAAUGGAAAACAGGAAAGAAGAUUAAUCGAAUAUACGGAGAUUGGUUAGACAGUGCAAAUUCACCACCAAAGGGCAUUCCUGGAAGAGCAGUAGAAGAAGAGAGUUGAUCAGUGUUUUCAUAACUGUUGUGUGUUCAUCACGAUGUUCUUCAAUUGUGAGAUGAAUUUCGUUUAUUUUGAUCUCAACCCUAAUAUUGGACCAUUUUGAAUCCUAAUCAACAUAGAUCAGUCAUGUUGUAUCAAA